GCAGCCAUUUUGUUUGCUAGCUUGAGGUUACAGAGCAAAAACAACCAGAAGUAAAACUUCAGCCUGCCUCGACACACUACAAACUCGUGCGCACCAUCCCGGUGUUUACUAAUAACUUGAGCUGCAUCAGCUGAUUCCACUUGGACUCAGCCAUCCUGGAUACCAUGUCGGAGCUGUACAUUAGGGUGGCUGAGGAUGAAAGCGAAGAGCCCAUGGAGAUUCCCUCAGAAGACGACGGCACGGUUCUGCUGUCGUCGGUAGCAGCCCAGUUUCCAGGCGCCUGCGGGCUACGGUACCGAAACCCCGAGUCCCAGUGCAUGAGGGGAGUCCGGCUUGUGGAGGGUGUCCUGCACGCACCCGAGAACGACUGGGGAAACCUGGUCUAUGUCGUCAAUUACCCUAAAGAUAACAAAAGGAAGAUGGAGGAAAUAGACGCUGCAUCAGCUGUGAAAAUUAAAAGGGGCUUUCAGAAGACGUCAGACCUCAUUGUCCUCGGCUUACCGUGGAAAACUACAGAACAAGACCUGAAAGAUUAUUUCAGCACCUUUGGGGAGGUCAUCAUGGUGCAGGUGAAGAGAGACGCUAAAACUGGUAACUCUAAAGGUUUCGGGUUUGUUCGGUUCACUGAGUAUGAGACACAAACCAAAGUCAUCGCUCAGAGACACAUGAUUGAUGGCCGGUGGUGUGACUGCAAACUUCCCAACUCAAAGGCUUGCCCAGAUGAGCCCACGCGGAGCCGUAAAAUCUUUGUUGGCCGCUGCACAGAGGACAUGACAACUGAUGAACUGAGGCAGUACUUCAUGCAGUACGGCGAAGUCACUGACGUCUUCAUCCCCAAACCUUUUCGGGCGUUUGCGUUUGUCACAUUUGCUGAUGACCAGGUUGCUCAAGCCCUAUGUGGAGAGGACCUGAUCAUCAAGGGUGUCAGCGUGCACAUCUCCAAUGCUGAGCCCAAACACAAUAAUAGUAGGCAAAUGAUGGAUAGAGGGCGGUUUGGGGCUGGUGGGUUCAGUCAGGGCUAUGGCAGUAAUCGUGGUGGGCUAGGCAGCGGUAGCGGCGGGGUUAACUUUGGGGCUCUUGGCCUUAAUCCGGCUAUGGUGGCUGCUGCCCAGGCAGCGCUGCAGAGCAGUUGGGGAAUGAUGGGCAUGCUGGCAAACCAGCAGGGUCUGACCACAACGGCAGGCACAGCCACUACAACCCGAGACCAGACCUAUAGUUCUGCCAGCACCAGUUACAGCAGCCCCAGCUCAGCUAGCCUCGGCUGGGCGGCUGGCGCUAACGCCCCCUCCAGCAGUGGCUUCAGCUCCGGCUUUGGCACGUCAAUGGAGACAAAGUCUUCUAGUUGGGGGAUGUAGGUAGCUGUGUGCUGACCUUUUCUGUUGCUAUUAGGCUAAUCUGGUAAGUAUACCAACAGGGGGAAAUUGCUUAUACCUUAUGUUAUUUAAAAAAAUAAAUACACUGCCUUUUAUUUUGGUUAAGAGAAAAUUUAUACUUGUGCGUGACUUAAUUAUGCAGUCAUGCACUGAAUGGGUGAAAGUUUUAGUUUUGUUAGUGGGAAUACCACGCUACCUUAUUUUGUUUUAUUUAAAAAAAAACGUUCCACAAAGAUGGCCGUGCAUGCAAGAUAUUUAGUAUUUAUGAACAUGCACGAGUAUCUCGAGAGCCCCCACUACAGCCCCUUGUAAACGGGCUUUAUAUAGUUACAUAUAUAUGUAUGCAUUUGAUUGUAUCGUUUUGUUUUUGUUUGACAUCUUUUGGAAACGCCUUCAUGAAAAUCUCUUCUGCAGUUCACCAACACUUUCCCCAUUUCCCGGGAGGAAGCGCCGCAUUGGCAGCAAUGUUCGGCAGAUCUCAGUAUCAAUACCCCUCCUCCUCCCAUGUGUAAAUGCUUUGUCAUCCAAGAACACAGCUUCACUCCGCAUAUACUGUGUUAGACGGUGGGUGUUGUCUUUUUUUCCUCUCCCCUUUUUUUUGGGAUGUAGAAAUUUUGUCUGCUCUUGUCGCUUUCUCGAGAUCGAUGAGUGGGGGCUUGGUGUUGGACCGAGUGAGAGUGAGCGAACGGGAGAGCAAAAUGAAAGGAAGCAAGUGUGAGAAGGACUGCUUGUGCGAAGUAUUUUUUUUUUUUUUUUUUCCUUUUAAAGAGACAAAUGCCUGCGAGAGUUGAGAAGAACCUGUGGCUUUGUGCGAAUGUGAGCGGAAGAAGCAAGUACGAGUGUGUUCCCAGUGGCCAUCACAAAAGGACACUUAUUGCGUCUCGAGAUCCCUAAGGUCUCUGCUCUCUCAUCGUUUUCUAUCAACAUUAAUACUUUAAAAUCACAGUGAAAUGUCAAGUGCUAUGAGUAUUUGUAUCCUUUCGUAGCUUGCUGUCUGAUUCGAUGUGAAUGCUGCGUCUGGCUGUGUGCUUUAUUUUUCUCCUUGUUACCACCCUCUUUGUGUGAAAAUGUGACUUUGUGCUAGUGAAGUCUGUGUGGGUGGGCAGUGGGGGGUGGGUGGGGGGGGGGGGGGGUCACUGAAAGCGUGUUGCCGUUUGCAAGUGGGUUCAGAGGUUGAUGUGGUGAAUGUUUGACAAGUUCCCAUUGGAAGACUGAGUUUGAAGUGGUUACGAAUGCAUUUUCUAUGUUUUGUGAAUCAAAGGGAAGUCUGAAAUAAAACUGAAUUUGACUAGGUAUAAUACCCUGUUGACAGUGACUUAUUUUUAACUUUACAUUAAUGGACCUGCCAACACUUUAAUUCACAUGUAUAGGCACCUCGGACAUGGAAAUCCCAGGUUUUCGUCUGAAUCCAGGUUGGAGUCAGUUACGAGGAAGGUGAAGCCUUUGUUGGGUGAGCCGGUGCAAACCACAGUGGAAUUGCUGCUGCACGACUGCCUUAAUCCUGAAAAGGAUCUUCUGCAGGUCACUAGCCACAGAAACCUUGGACCAUCUGAAAAACAAAAAAAAGAAAUUUAGAGCGGACCAUACUCGAUCACAAUCUGAUGAGGUAUUUGUGUUUAUACCCACAGAUGUCACAGUUAGGACCAAAGUCACACCUAGUGUUCACAUCUACGUCCUCCACCAAAUCUUGCCUUUUUGAAAACAUUCACUUCUGUCAGUAAAUGCUUUAUUUUUCUACCUCUUAACAGAAACUUCUAACUUAAAGUAUUUACUAGAUUUUUCAGUGUGGUCAAAAGAAAUAUCAAAUAUGGCAGGAAGUGUUGUUGUUUCUCUUGAUUGUAAAGUGUGUGAAAUGUAUGCGCUUACUGAUUUUCAAUGGGACUUUAACAACUGAUUUGAACAUGCCAGCAGGAACUCACACCGUUUAUGUACUGAAGUAUCAGUAUUGUGUUGUAAAAUAAAAAGUUUGGAGUUUUUAA